GAGAACUGUUUCCGGGUCGGGGGGCAGGAGCCACCAUGGAGCUUCGCGGGGUUGCUGGGCUGAUGGAUCCGCGGGCCGGCAUCUGAAGCGAGCGGGACGCAGCGCGGCCAGCGCCUCCGGGCAUACGCAGGCUGGUCCCCAAGGCCCGCGGCCGCCGCCAUGUCGGUGCUGGGCGAGUACGAGCGACACUGCGAUUCCAUCAACUCGGACUUUGGGAGCGAGUCCGGGGGUUGCGGGGACUCGAGUCCGGGGCCUAGCGCCAGUCAGGGGCCGCGAGCCGGCGGCGGCGCGGCGGAGCAGGAGGAGCUGCACUACAUCCCCAUCCGCGUCCUGGGCCGCGGCGCCUUCGGGGAAGCCACGCUGUACCGCCGCACCGAGGAUGACUCACUGGUUGUGUGGAAGGAAGUUGAUUUGACCCGUCUGUCUGAGAAGGAACGUCGUGAUGCCUUGAAUGAGAUUGUUAUUCUGGCACUGCUGCAGCAUGACAACAUUAUUGCCUACUACAAUCACUUCAUGGACAAUACCACCCUGCUGAUUGAGCUGGAAUAUUGUAAUGGAGGGAACCUGUAUGACAAAAUCCUUCGUCAGAAGGACAAGUUGUUUGAGGAAGAGAUGGUGGUGUGGUACCUAUUUCAGAUUGUUUCAGCAGUGAGCUGCAUCCAUAAAGCUGGAAUCCUUCAUAGAGAUAUAAAGACAUUAAAUAUUUUUCUGACCAAGGCAAACCUGAUAAAACUUGGAGAUUAUGGCCUAGCAAAGAAACUUAAUUCUGAGUAUUCCAUGGCUGAGACGCUUGUGGGAACCCCAUAUUACAUGUCUCCAGAGCUCUGUCAAGGAGUAAAGUACAAUUUCAAGUCUGAUAUCUGGGCAGUAGGCUGCGUCAUUUUUGAACUGCUUACCUUAAAGAGGACGUUUGAUGCUACAAACCCGCUCAACCUGUGUGUGAAGAUCGUGCAAGGAAUUCGGGCCAUGGAAGUUGACUCUAGCCAGUACUCUUUGGAAUUGAUCCAAAUGGUUCAUUCAUGCCUUGACCAGGAUCCUGAGCAGAGACCUACUGCAGAUGAACUUCUAGAUCGCCCUCUUCUCAGGAAACGCAGGAGAGAGAUGGAGGAAAAAGUCACUCUGCUUAAUGCACCUACAAAGAGACCAAGGUCAAGCACUGUGACUGAAGCACCCAUUGCUGUAGUAACAUCACGAACCAGUGAAGUCUAUGUUUGGGGUGGUGGAAAAUCCACCCCUCAGAAACUGGAUGUUAUCAAGAGUGGCUGUAGUGCCCGGCAGGUGUGUGCAGGGAAUACCCACUUUGCUGUGGUCACAGUGGAGAAGGAACUGUACACUUGGGUGAACAUGCAAGGAGGCACUAAACUCCAUGGUCAGCUGGGCCAUGGAGACAAAGCCUCCUAUCGACAGCCAAAGCAUGUGGAAAAGUUGCAAGGCAAAGCUAUCCAUCAGGUGUCAUGUGGUGAUGAUUUCACUGUCUGUGUGACUGAUGAGGGUCAGCUGUAUGCCUUUGGAUCAGAUUAUUAUGGCUGCAUGGGGGUGGACAAAGUUGCUGGCCCUGAAGUGCUAGAACCCAUGCAGCUGAACUUCUUCCUUAGCAAUCCAGUGGAGCAGGUCUCCUGUGGAGAUAAUCAUGUGGUGGUUCUGACACGAAACAAGGAAGUCUAUUCUUGGGGCUGUGGCGAAUAUGGUAGGGGUAGCCUUGUCUCUGUCCACUUCUUCACAGGACGGCUGGGUUUGGAUUCAGAAGAGGAUUAUUAUACACCACAAAAGGUGGAUGUUCCCAAGGCCUUGAUUAUUGUUGCAGUUCAAUGUGGCUGUGAUGGAACAUUUCUCUUGACCCAGUCAGGCAAAGUGCUGGCCUGUGGACUCAAUGAAUUCAAUAAGCUGGGUCUGAAUCAGUGCAUGUCUGGAAUUAUCAACCAUGAAGCAUACCAUGAAGUUCCCUACACAAUGUCCUUUACCUUGGCCAAGCAGUUGUCCUUUUAUAAGAUCCGUACCAUUGCCCCAGGCAAGACUCACACAGCUGCUAUUGAUGAGCGAGGCCGGCUGCUGACCUUUGGCUGCAACAAGUGUGGGCAGCUGGGUGUUGGGAACUACAAGAAGCGUCUCGGAAUCAACCUGUUGGGGGGACCCCUAGGUGGGAAGCAAGUGAUCAGGGUCUCUUGUGGUGAUGAGUUUACCAUUGCUGCCACUGAUGAUAAUCACAUUUUUGCCUGGGGCAAUGGUGGUAAUGGCCGCCUGGCAAUGACCCCCACAGAGAGACCACAUGGCUCUGAUAUCUGUACCUCAUGGCCUCGGCCUAUUUUUGGAUCUCUGCAUCAUGUCCCGGACCUGUCUUGCCGUGGCUGGCAUACCAUUCUCAUUGUUGAGAAAGUAUUGAAUUCUAAGACCAUCCGUUCCAAUAGCAGUGGCUUAUCCAUUGGAACUGUGUUUCAGAGCUCUAGCCCGGGAGGAGGCGGCGGGGGCGGCGGUGGUGAAGAAGAGGACAGUCAGCAGGAAUCUGAAACUCCUGACCCAAGUGGAGGCUUCCGAGGAACAAUGGAAGCAGACCGAGGAAUGGAAGGUUUAAUCAGUCCCACAGAGGCCAUGGGGAACAGUAAUGGGGCCAGCAGCUCCUGUCCUGGCUGGCUUCGAAAGGAGCUGGAAAAUGCAGAAUUUAUCCCCAUGCCUGACAGCCCAUCUCCUCUCAGUGCAGCAUUUUCAGAAUCUGAGAAAGAUACCCUGCCCUAUGAAGAGCUGCAAGGACUCAAAGUGGCCUCUGAAGCUCCUUUGGAACACAAACCCCAAGUAGAAGCCUCGUCACCUCGGCUGAAUCCUGCAGUAACCUGUGCUGGGAAGGGAACACCACUGACUCCUCCUGCGUGUGCGUGCAGCUCUCUGCAGGUGGAGGUUGAGAGAUUGCAGGGUCUGGUGUUAAAGUGUCUGGCUGAACAACAGAAGCUACAGCAAGAAAACCUCCAGAUUUUUACCCAACUGCAGAAGUUGAACAAGAAAUUAGAAGGAGGGCAGCAGGUGGGGAUGCAUUCCAAAGGAACUCAGACAGCAAAGGAAGAGAUGGAAAUGGAUCCAAAGCCUGACUUAGAUUCAGAUUCCUGGUGCCUCCUGGGAACAGACUCCUGUCGACCCAGCCUCUAGUCUCCUGAGCCUAUAGAGCCCCCAGGAAACUGGGACCCAAAGAACUUCACAGCACACUUACCAAAUGCAGAGAGCAGCUUUCCUGGCUUUGUUCACUUGCAGAAAAGGAGCGCAAGGCAGAGGCUCUGAAGCACUUUCCUUGUACAUUUGGAGAGUGGCAUUGCCUUUUAGAUAGGAUCUAGGAGUGACUUUAUUGUUUUGGAGAAUGGAAGGGCCCCCAUGGCCCUGGCUUUGUCAUCAGUGACUGCCAUAGCAACAGCAGCUCUGUACCUCAUCUGUUGAUCCCACCUUUGAAGAGGAGACACAGUGCUCACCUUCAUUGCGCUGGUAGCAGCUUAUAUCCCAUGUAUCAUUUUCACCAUUGAUUGGAAGCUGCCUUGGGAAUUCAGUACCAGGCCUUACCCCUCUGGGUGGGAGAGGGAAAAGUGUAAAGUUGGAGUGGGCUGGAGUCAGGUGUGGCCCGCCCAGUGUCCUCUGCAGAGUGGUGAAGUAAUCUGAGCCCUCUCAGGAGCCCUGAGUCCAGGAAAAUAUGUCUGAUGGAGUCAAUCUAGGGCUUGUUUCGAGAAAGUUCAGUUACUCUGUGCAGCUAAAUGCUUUAGGAGGAAAGGUAGGCUUAGGUUGCUUUUCCUCUGAGGGUUGAUUGAAAUUUCUUCAGUGAGGAGUAGAGAAAGGGCAGGACCCUCCUCAUCACACAGCUGGUGUUUCAGGCUGUGACCAAUGCAGGGUGGGAUUUCCUAACUGGAUGAGGGGAUGAGGUGUCUCUGAGGGAUGAGGUGUCUCAGAGAAUUGAGUCCAUGGGGUGGUCAGAAUAGCCUUAAGAGAAAAUCAUGAAGGAGAAGAGGUCCUCCUCUAGCUGCCUCUAGUUGGUAUCUUAGAGAGGGCUUAGAGGGCUCUCAGUCUUCUGCCCGUGAAAAGACUUCUUGAGCCUCUGCCUUCAUGGCUCUUAGGGUUCUGAUCUUGAUAUCAGCAGCCCCAGCCACUUUCUUUCUGUAUGUCUAGUCAGUAUUUUUCCCCUUUUGGUGUUUUAUGAAGCCAUAUGAUAAUGAAUGAAUCUGUAUCAUUUUUCCUACCUGAGUUGGCCAAAGCCAGCACCAAACCCUGGGAGUCCCUGAAGCCUAACAGAACAGGUAGAACUUGCAAAAGGUAUUUGGCUGAGAGGUCACUUCUAAUCCUGUACUCAUUGUGUCUUUGUAGAUAGAAACAAGCUAGCUUUACCAAAGAGAAAUCGUAUCAUAGAAGAACAAAACUCCAUAUAGAAAGUUCUAGGCAAGUAUUUGAUGGUUUCCUUAAGGAUGUGAGCUUUGUGUUUCCACUUAGCCUUGUAAAAUGUUCCUGUGGUAUUUUGUGUCACACAUCCUACCUUUGAUGAGUCUCACAUCCCACCUUCCUACAAACAGCUAAAUUAAUUUUGUUUCAUUUUCCCCAGAUCAAAAUGUUUGAUAAUCUGUUCAACAUUGUGGAGGGUCCUGUGCAAUGGAAAUUUUGCCAUUUCUCCAAAACUGGUGGCAUAAAGGCUGAUGCUCGGGGAGAACCCCGUUGCUGCGGACAGGCAACUCUGUUCAAUGGGAUCUUCUUUGGUUUGAUGUUCCCAUUGUUUUCUCAGUUCUGGGAAGCCUAGUACAUUAGUACUAAUGUAAUCACUGAAACCUUUUCUUGAAAUAAGGGAAGCAGCCAAACUUCGAUUAAAGUUGCAAGUUCUGGGGACUUGCGGGGGUUGCCAUAAACUGUAACAGUGGGUUUUGGUUCAGCAUGUAAAUGCAACUUUGAUUUUCUUAAGGACCGAUUGGCCUGUCAUGUCCCUGUAUCCUCAUGCUCAUCAUCUCAGCAGGCCUGAGAGGCCGAGUCAAUUUGGGUGUUCAUCAUGAGGAUUGCUUCUGCUGUGGAGCUGAUGGACAUGAGCAUGUUGCUGAGAAGGUGGGGUGAAAGUGAGUGCCAGGGGUGGGUGAGUGCCCUGGUCUUGUUCAUAGGGGAGCCUUUCCCUAGCAGUGGAACGCUGUGGUCAUUUUCUCUAGCAUAUUCCCUUGGGAAGUCUAGAUUUGCUAUUAAUCUGGCUGAGAAUCUAAGUUCUGUGCCUUAGAGACAGUUUGCACUUUCCCAUAUUGUGCCUGGGACAGCCAUAUGACUUUUUUUUCCCACCAAACAAGUAUGCAAACAGAAACCAGUUCAAAGGGGGAUGGAGUAAAAGAUGAGGCAGUAGAAAUGCCUUUGAAUGGUUUUCUGUCGCUAAUUCUCUUUAAAUUUUGUCCUGCUUUUUUUCUUUAUGCAGUGCUAGGUGUUUUAAGUUUUCUAGUAGUAUUGCUUUUGAGUUACAGUAUAACCUGAGUUACUCCUCUGCUCUAACAUUGUUGCAGAAGAACUAGUUUAUUGUUAGCCAGGUUGCUUGAAAGGUUGAGAGUGGAGUGGUUUGGCAUUUGUUUUAAAUAAACAUUUAAGCUCUUAAUCAGUACUGUGCCUCAGUAAGCCUGUGCAUGGACCUUAGUCUCUGGGGAUAAAACAUCCAGAUUCUAGGCCUCCAUGAAUCUUUGAUUCUGUGAGUCUUUAUAUAAAUAAUGUUCUUGGAACAGAAACAAUGCAAGGGACAUUUGCACAGAAAUAUUCUUUGCUUCUCUCCAGUUUCUUAUUCUUGCCAGCAGAAUCAUUUCUGCUGCUACAGCUUUUUUCCCAAAAACGUCUAAAAGUGCCGAAAGUGCAGAGGGAGGGAAAAAAUGAGCCACUAAAAGAAGGAUGAUCCUUUCUUGUACCUACCUCCUCAGUCUCAGUGGGGGCCUUUCCAAGUGAUAAUGCCAGUUUAUGGUUUGUAAAACUUUUCCCUCAAAGAGACUGAACUGAAUUUGGUCUCCCUGGCAUAGCACAGCCAAGUUACAACUUCUCUUGGCUGAGCAUUUCACUGAAGUUUAAAGCAAAAGUACACUAAAAAUUUGCAUUUCACUUGCCAUAUGUUCACAAACAUUCAUAAUAGAACAAUUCAGGGGCAAGAAUGCAUUUUAAAUAAAUUUGUUCAGAUGAAAUCCCUAAACCUCCAAAAAAGUAUCCAUGGUGGUCAGGGCAGAGUGGGCUGUAAUCAGGACUAUAAAACAUGUUCCUAACUGCUGCAAAGCCAAAAAUCAUUUAUUGUUUCAGUGAUCAACUGUGGAAAUAAACAUGCUGAUCAUUAAACCUCACAGAAUCAUGAACAUUAGGGA